UUUGCAAAUGGUUUAAAUUCGCGUGUGAGCAAAGUCAAACACACUGUUCGAGAUAAGUUGAAGGUGUUGCCAGUUCUCCCAGUUUUUGCAAAGCGGAAAAAGCCAUGAAUCGACAACAAUCCAAGUUGCUCUACCAUCGCCUCAUGCUCCCCGACUGGCUGCGUAAGAAUGCAGAGUGGAACUCUCCUAAGGAAGGGAAUGAGUUGAAUCUCGAUAUUUUACCCGACUCCUCCGACUGGGAGAACAUCUUGCGAGUUCCUCUCAUUCCCAGCGGCGAGCUGAGUAAUGAGGAGGACAUCACUGUAAAGAUGAAGGUGGGCGUCGUUUUGCCCGAGCCUCAGAAGCCCCGGGACCCGAUGUCCUAUAUGAUAUCCGACGGGGACUUUUCUGUUGGAAUUCAGCUCUUGGAUCCCAACCACGAUUACGCCAAAUUUGGUCCCUACCGAGCUGUUGAAGGCGAGUCAGCCAGAGCCAAGUUGCGAAACCCAAAUGUAGAAGUUGCGGCGACUGUUUCUUCCACUUCAAAGAAUAACCCAGAUCAGUUUGAGCUGACGUUCAAGCCCUCCGAGAUGUUUGGAUCUGCCUACUGCGCCAUAGAUGACGGCCACAAGAUUGUCGCUCGUUAUUCUGAUACCUUGAGCCUGAGAAAAGGGCUGACCUUUGAGUUGUAUCGCUAUAAAAGCACUGAAAGGUACACCAUCAAUUACAUCGAAGUCACCAUAUACAAAGACUCCAUGUGAAUAAAGCACUGGAAACAGAAACCACCAAACAAAAGCCGGACUCUUUUAGACUUGUGCUCUUAUGCUUUUGCUGUUUUGCUCUUUGUUUUAGACAGCUCUAGUAUGUAAGUGUUCAGUCCUUUUAUGAAAUAUUAGCGUUUAAUUGUGAGACAUUUUUAUUAUUUCGUGUUUUGUUAUGUUUUUGUUAUGUUUUAAUGCUUAAGGAAGCUUCCCGAUUAAACUU